AUGGACAAACCCCAUCUGCUGAGCUGCAUCACUUUCAAACCAGACCUACCUGGCAGGCUCACCAUGCUCAGAUCACGUACACUCUACCGACUCUUCUCCUGCACGCUGCUGCUCCUCGUCUUCCUCUCCAGCUCGGGGGAGAGCCGCCCUCAAACAGCCCAGGAAGGGUCACCUGAUGUGGGGAGAGUGGACAGCAAGAGGGUCCUGCUUCUGGAGGCGGUGAAGUCGGGGAUCCUCGGCUCUUUGGGUAUGGAGAGGGAGCCAAGACCAACUCAAAAGGCCUCGGAGGAAGAGCUGAGGAAGAUGUAUCAGAUCUACAGGGAACAAAUAAGAGAGAUGAGAGGGAAUUCCAGCCAGCCGAUGAUAGGAAACCAGCAAUCCACCAUGUCUACUGUGCUGUUUCCAGCUACAGUGGAGCCAAGAAAAGGGAUUCGGAGAGGAGAACACUUUUAUCCACAUUCAGGUCAACGCAUGCAGUGGUACAGAGCCGUUUUCCACAAGAAUCCCAACAUCCAGACUGAAGUGACACUAGCACGGGCUGAGCUGAAGAUUUCCAGGAAGAUUUUAGACAAACCAACUUCAGUUCAGCCUGAGGCAAAACGAGUUAUUAAAGUUAAAAUCAACCGGAUGCGGUCGAUAAACUCUGCUGCAUGGACUCACAUAAACUCACCCAAUGUGUCAAACACUCAAGAUGUGCUGCUGGACAUCAGCCCUGAGGUGGAGAGGUGGAUGAGCACGGAUGGUGGAGAGGCCCUGGUUGUGGAUGUGGGGAUAGCUGUGGCCGAACAAGAUGCCCUCAAGGUAAAUCCAACCAUUUCCCUGGAACUAGGCCUCACAGGGCCCAGGAAGACGAGGCUGCCUCGCUCCAGCAACAGGGAGGACGUCUGCGAUGAACAAGGGUGGUGCUGCAGGAAGUCUGUCACCGUGUCCUUCAAAGACAUCGGCUGGGCGGACUGGGUGGUGGCCCCCACUGAGUAUAUCAUGCAUUUCUGCGAUGGCUCCUGCCCCCACAACUACAAGCCUGCCAGCAUGCACACACAGGUGAAGUCUCGGCUGCAUCAGUUCACCAAGGGAGGGUCUCCUCUCCCCUGCUGCGUGCCGGCGGCCUACGAGCCCAUGGUCCUCAUGCACUAUGACAGUAGGGGAAAGCUAAAGCUGACUCCUUUCAAUGACCUGAUUGUCACUCAAUGCCACUGCGCUUAAGGAAAUGUACCUUUGUUAUUUCGACUUUUGGGAGAGUGUUGCCAUAAAAAAAUGUUACAUGCUGAGAUAAUGAGUGUUUUUCUAUGGUUAGCUAAAUUAAAAUAGCUAUUUUUUCAUUAUACUUUAUUUAGAAGAAAAAUGUGUUACUGCUGCAGUAGUCAUAGUUUUAUUUAUUUUAACUUAUAUUUAUGAUCCUAAAUGUAUAUGUGUUUUAUGAUUGCCUUUGUUUUUGUUACAGCGUAUAUUUUGUACUAUUUAAUUGUAUUGUCACUUAUCAUUUGAAGUACUGUAUUGUUUGAUGAGGCACAUGGUUGUGGAUUCUUUGUUGUCUUGUGCAUUUCAAUAAUUAUAUGAAGAUUUUAAUAAAUGCUCUGAUUUA